CGCGAUUUUUUCUCGUGAAUCAAACAGAGCCUCGGAAGCAAGCCCUUUUUUUUUUCGUCGGAGAUGCUGCUGAUGCGAUAUUGUUCACAUAGGUUUCCCAUUCCUUGUGAGAAGAGGCUCACAAAUUUCAGUCGGAGAUCCUGGUUGGCCGCUGCUCGUGGGAAUCUCAGUUGUUCCUUCGCACAAAAUGGAAAUAUGGAUGUUUCUCUCUCCAAUAAUUCUACUUUUUCAGGGAUGGAGGAUGUUUUAAUGGGCUAUAUUUUUGGCAAGGAGAAGGCAACCAAAGUUGCACACUUGGUAUGGAAGCAUGUUGUCCAAAAAGGAGAUACAGUUGUUGAUGCCACUUGUGGCAAUGGGUAUGAUACCUUGGCAAUGCUCAAAAUGGUUGCUGAUGGGUCAGGUAGAGGUUGUGUUUAUGGAAUGGACAUUCAAAAAGAUGCUUUAGAGAAUACUUCUUCAUUGCUCAAUGAAUCGGUCAAUCCAAUUGAGAAAGAACUUGUUAAGCUCUUCACCAUUUGUCACAGUAGAAUGGAGGAAGUUGUUCCAAAGAGUACCACAUUAAGGCUUGUUGCAUUCAACUUGGGCUACCUUCCUGGUGGUGACAAAGAAGUAACUACAACAUCAGCAACAACCAUCUUAGCAUUGCAAACUGCAACAAGAAUAUUAGCAUCUGGAGGGCUUAUCAGCCUGGUUGUUUAUGUGGGGCAUCCAGGAGGAAGGGAUGAACUUGAGACCAUCCAAGCUUUUGCCUCUGAACUGUCAGUCGAGGAUUGGGUUUGCAGUGAAUUCCAAAUGCUAAACCGACCAUUGGCCCCGGUACUCAUUUUCUUAUUCAAGAGAUGAAGUUGAAUAAGUAGAUGAAGUUUGCGUUAAGUCUUCCAGUGUAACAACCCUGAUUUUGGAAUUUUUUUCUUUAAUUUUUUGAGACAGCAUCAGUUGCUUCUUUAAUUUUCUGAAUAAUUGAAACACCAUAAUGUUUCUCUAACCCUUUCCUUAAUUUCUUUAAUUGUAUGUUCCUUGUGCUA